GUGCUUUUGGUUCUUCGGAUGCUCCUGGUCCUUCAGGUUCACCGGGCGCUUUUGGUUCUUCGGAUGUUCCUGGUCCUUUAGGUCCUCGGGGUGCUUUUGGCUCUUCGUAUGCGCCUGGUCCUUUAGGUUCUUCGAGAGCUAUUGGUUCUUCAGAUGCUCCUGGUUCUCCGGGUGCUUUUGGUUUUUCGCAUGCUCCUGGUCCUCCGGGUGCUUUUGGUUCUCCACAUGCUCCUGGUUCUUUAGGUCCUCCGGGUGCUUUUGGCUUUUCGCAUGCUCCUGGUCCUCCGGGUGCUUUUGGUUCUCCGCAUGCUCCUGGUUCUUUAGGUCCUCCGGGUGCUUCUGGUUCUUCGGAUGUUCCUGGCCCUUUAGGUCCUCCGGGUGCUUUUGGUUCUCCGCAUGCUCCUGGUUCUUUAGGUCCUCCGGGUGCUCCGCAUGCUCCUGGUUCUUUAGGUUCUCCGGGAGCUUUUGGUCCUUCGGGAGCUAUUGGUCCUUCAGGAGCUAUUGGUCCUUCAGGAGCUAUUGGUCCUUCAGGAGCUAUUGGCCCUUCAGGAGCUAUUGGCUCUUCAGGAGCUUUUGGUUCUUCGGGUACUUCUGGUUCUUUGUGUGCUUUGGAACCAUCGAAUGUCUUGGCGGUACCGAAUAGUUCAGUUCCAUCAUGUGGUUUUAAGCUACAAUGUGAACCACAUUGUUCGCCGCCAUUGUAUGAGAUAGUACUCUCACCAUCGCGUUUAGAAUGUGAAAUUGACAAGGGACUAGCGGAAACAUUGGAAAGACUAAGGGCAAUAUAA